AUGCGUGCCACACUUGCUCGACGCAUCACAUUCCCCGGCCUCAACCGCGCCAAUAAUGUCCCACACUGGCAGCGAGUCCACCAGAACCACGCAGACGGUCUUCGACAAUGGCAGAAGGGCCCACGCGCCAAGAUCAUGCUCUACCCAUACUAUGCCCUUCUCUUCAGCACAACAAGCGCAUGCAUGUACAUGAUGUGCCGCAUGGUUCUCGGCAAGAAGACAUGGUAUUGA